AGCGAAUCCAGCCAAAAACUCCCUGCCAUCAAUGUGCCUUGUGCCCGCACUUCAGGUUAUCGCCCGCCGCCCAUCACAUUCUUAAGUCAAACAGGCCGAGCAUCCGAUAAAACAAUCGAGGCUGUUCAAUAUCCUGUCGCUUUCAUCACAUUGACCAACCUGUGCACUUGAUACUUUUCGGCCUUUGCAACCUGGCUUUGCUCGUUCCUCUGCCGAAUCCUCUCGAAUUUCCUACCCUCCGAACAUCCAUGGUAACACUCCGCCAUGUCUGAUUCUCCCAUUACGAAUGCCCCCGUCGGGCCGCAAGAAAAACCUAUCCUGGACAAGUUAAUACUGGUCAGAGACAAGUUGCUGCUUCUGAAACAAGACAAGAGCACCUAUGUGAAGUCGUCCGACGUCAUUCCCCUCUACGAUCAGGUCAUUGAGCAGGUGUCCAUCCUCAACGACGUCCGUGGUCCAGAGCACCUGGUACAGAAUCGGGUCGACACGGUUCUUGAUGACUGCCUACAACUCAUCUCCCUCUUCUUCAUGGCUGUUGGACGAAACCACGAGGCACCCGCACUGUACGCUAUGACCGGAAACAUUAUGCGGCUGUGUCACCACCUCAAAGAGGCCGCCUUCUAUAGUAAGAAGGAUCUCACGAGCCUAGAGAAUACACUCGACAAGAUGCAAGCGACUUUGGAGCAGGGGAAAGACGUCUAUUCAGACCAUUUGUUGACGCGAAUACAAUACCGCCUGGAGAUCUGCAAGGCCAUGCUAAAAGAGUUGAGCGAUUUCCUCAGCACACUCUCUCCAGACAUGGUACCAGUAUGGGAGAAAUUGGUGUCUAUAUUGAGAGCAAUUGCCGCCCUGAAUACGAGAAGCAAGUACAGCCAUAAGGACCUAGACGAACUGCGAGGUGAAUUGCUCAACAUUCAGGCCACGAUGAAGGACGGUAAACUACCAGACAAGACUGGUGUCGCUUCGUCGGGUCAGGAUCUCGUUGUCCCUUUGCUCACUCGGUGCCUCAAGUUCACCGACAUCGUACACGAGCGACAAGGCAAAAUAGACGAACGAUUCAAAGACAUAUAUGACAAAUUGCUCGAGAUCCGCAACCAACUUGAACGUUUGACCAUGACGCAGGCAUGGUCUCUCAGAGAGACCGACUUGUUCAUGUGGCAGAGGAAGCUGGAUCGCAUAGACGAUUCCAGACGCGAUGGCAACUUUUUUGACGCCGAGGGCCAUCCGGCGGAUUUACAUGCCCAACGAACCCUGCUUUAUCUCAUCCGACGAGGUUACGCCUAUAUCUAUCAGCUUCUCAUCGCGUCUGAGCCGGUCUCGGAGGCCUUGCUACCAAUCUACAAUCAGCUCCUCACCUUGCGACGGUGUCUGGUUGAAGUCAAGAAAGCUGGUGGCGUUUCCAACCCCAGAGAACUGUACCCUUAUAGUAUGAAAUUGAACUCGAUUGACAACAUGAGGGUGGAUGGAAAGUUUCAAAUUGGAAAGGAUAUACCUGAAGGACAAGGCGCUGUUAAUGAUCUGCUUGCAGAAUGCUACGACCUAGCCUAUGAGCUCAGGACAGCAGCUGAGCAAGAAAGCAAUGAUGAAUAGUCCCGAUGAGACCCAGUGAAAGAAAAUGUCAGCAACAGGCGUCAGGUGUUCUUCUUAGCUGGCUUGACGAUGUUAUCAUCAGGACAAGGUCUGGGUGGCUAUUCUUGUGCAUCACUCAAAAGCCGGAGUGCUGUUCUAUGUGCGUUCUUUUGCGCAUUUCGGGGCUGUGAGGCUUAAGCCAGGCAGCAUCCUUGAGUGUAUCGUUAUCGUCAUCAAGCAAUCUCACACGCGUACAAGUCUCAACUAAACAGCAGCGUCUUAUCGUUGUUCAUCAAGG